GCGGCCGGGCCGGCCGCCGUCAUGGCCGCCGCGGAGGGGCGCUUGGUCCCGGAGGGCCGGGCCAGCCUGGCCGCCUUCCUGCUCGGGGCGUCGGUGGCGGCGCUGCCGCUGCUGCUCUCGGCGCCCCCCGCGCUGCUGGCCGGGCCCGGGCUCCAGGGCCGCGCGGCGCUGGCGCUGCACGUGGCGGGGAUCAACGCGCUGCUGCUGCUGCUCUACCGGCCGCCGCUCUACCGGAUCGCGAUCCGUGCCUGCUUCCUGGGCUUUGCCUUCGGGUGUGGUCUGCUGCUGAGUUUCGGACAAUCCUCCUGGAAGCACUUCGGCUGGUAUAUGUGUUCCUUGUCACUGUUCCAUUAUUCUGAGUAUUUGGUGACAGCGAUCAAUAAUCCCAGAAGUUUGUCCUUGGACUCUUUCCUCUUAAACCACAGUUUUGAGUAUACUCUAGCUGCUCUCUCUUCUUGGAUAGAGUUCACAGUUGAAAAAAUCAUUUAUCCAGAAAUGAAGCACAUCACCUGGCUCAGUACAGUAGGGUUAUUGAUGGUGAUCUUUGGGGAUUGUCUGAGGAAAGCUGCCAUGCUCACAGCUGGCUCCAACUUCAACCAUAUUGUUCAGAAUGAGAAAUCGGAUACUCAUACUUUGGUGACAAGUGGGGUGUAUGGGUGGUUCCGGCACCCGUCUUACGUGGGAUGGUUUUACUGGAGUAUUGGAACACAGGUUUUACUCUGUAAUCCCAUCUGUGUUGUUGGCUACACUUUAGCAUCCUGGAGAUUCUUCAGAGAGCGAAUAGAAGAGGAGGAGUUUACGUUAAUUCACUUCUUUGGAGCAGAGUACCUGGAGUAUAAAAAGAAAGUGCCAUCAGGUCUGCCUUUUAUCAAGGGAGUUAAAGUGGAACUGUAACACGUGAAAAAUCAGACUGACUGAGCGAACACCCAGCUCCAGGCAUCAUAUGGAAAGGAACUAUGCAUAGCACUAUGUCGUGACACGCUCUAGGAGUAGCCAGUCUCUGUUUACUGGUCAUCCACUGGAAACUCAUUUUAAAGGCUAGGCAGCUGGAACACCUUGCAAAUAAACUAGAAGCUCAGUCAAGAUAGGAGUCCUUCCUAGAUGCAUAGAGGGAUCUUCUGGAUUAUUUAAUCUAUGGUGAUCCUAAAAUGAAGCAUAAUGCUGGUGAAAAGAUGGCGCACUCUACCUACAACAGCUGAGUUGUACUGAAAUGUGUUAACAGAUUCUGUUGAACGAGCUAUGCACUUCCUAGUAACUACCAUUGCACUAGAAGGGUGCUGGUUGGAAGCUCAUAUUUGUAUGGUGAAACUUUAAAAUUAAAGCUUUUUGCCCGUAAAAAAGCUUAACAGCACAGCUUUAACCUCUCUGGACCUGACUCCACAAGCCUGCAGUGUGUGGAACUCCCACUGAAGUCAGUGUGGUAAUAUCCUGCUUGGAGGGCUUUCAGAACCCAGCCCUUUAUUUCUGUCUUUUAAAUGCAUGAAUUUACAUACCGUUUUGGGGAUAUACUUACCUGAAAGACUGGCAGUGCGGCACAAAGCACUGUCUCCUAAUAUAAUGUUAAUAGGGGGCUCUUUCAAUAUUCAAACUUUCUUAAAUCACAAAUAAUCUUUCAUUAAACAUCAUGAAAGCUCAGAUUGAAAACUUAA